ACAGUGUUACCAACCGGGCUUCUUCUCGAGCUUGUCCGCGUCGUCCAGUUGCGCCGCGUCCUCGACCUCCACAUCACAAAUCUCGGGAAUCCGCUCGAUGAGGUAGUUCGCGACGCGCGUCACGACGUCGCUCCGCUUGUGCCAGAAGCGGCCGCCCAGCCGGAUGAUGACGAUGGGGCCCUCGAUCUCCACCAGAUCCACCGUGCCGGUGAUCCCGACCUUUUGGCUGUCCGCCGCGUAGCCGAAGACGGCGGCCAUGUCCUCGCGCGCGCCCUCGAGCACCUUCUCGACGUUCUCAUCACACAGAUACAUCUCCUCGACGGCGUAUCGCGUUGUGUGUGGCCUCGGCGUGAUGCGCGGUGCGAAGCUAGCGACAAUUGUGGAGAGCAUGAGCAGCCGGAGAGCCAUCAUCAUGGCUGCACAAUUUUGAUCGCUUUGCAGAGCUGAAAAUCGAUGACCAGCUAUGCUAGAGAUCGGUUGCUCGCCUUGGGAGAUUGGGAGAGCACAGGCUAGGCCGGAGAGCUGGAGUGCUGGUCGGCCGAUAUGGCUGCAGGAUAGGGCGCAGCGGUACUACUGUGAUACGUGGGUGACCCCUGACGCGAUUUUGCAGCAGCUGUGGCUGUGAAAUGGCUCAAAAACC